AUGAUAGAACCCUCUGAAGACUCAUUUGAGACGAUGAUGGAGCUUAAGAAUCCAUCAUCAAAACAAAUGGAGUCCUCCGAGGGCUCAUCCAACACCGUUGAAGAGACACCAGGCAGCAGCGGGGCACAGGCCGCCGCACAGGCCCAGGCCAAGGCGGAGGAAGAAAGGGAGCCCCCCAGUGGCCGCCUCCAGGAAAUGCAAGAGCUGCCCACUAAUCUGUUCGGAGGCAUUGAGGAGCCAUCCAGUGGAGCCUGUGAGGAAGCCAAUGACCCACCCCAAGACAUGGAGCAAUCAAGUGAUGAUGGUUCAAACCAUGAUGGUUCAAACCAGGAGUCAAGGUCGGAACCACUCAGUGAGGCAUCUGAUUAUAGCAUGGAUGAAGCAGUAAAUUCAUCCGAAACCCAGUCAGAUCGAGAUGAUACUGACCUGGGAGAUGAAGAUGAGGAGGAAGAUGAUUCUGAAGAUGAAGAUCAGCAGAAGAAUACUCCAGAAGAAGAGAUGACCCCGAUGGGAUCCGUCGUCUCGAUGUUCCUCCGGAUGCAGGACCUCAAAGAACAACAGAAAGUGGCAGAAAGUAUCAUGAUGCAAGCCAUUGAUGAAGGUUGCCUGCCCUCUAUCAGGCCCUUCUCUGGAGAUGGCAGAGAUUACCAUGAGUUCAUCGUGCUCUGUCAGAUGACCAUGCAGAACUACCCACCGAUGUUGUACAAUGAUCAUCUGAAGGUGAAAUUUGUCAUCAGCAACAUGACUGACCUAGCCUUAGAAUGGGCCAACAACUUAGUAGAAAAGAACAGCCCAGUGAUAAACGACUUCCCAGCCUUUGUCGAGGCCAUGUCAGAAAAGUUUGAGUAUCGGCAGGCACUGCGUGUGGCGGAAGACGCCAUGUUCAGCAUCAGGCAGGGCAACCGCUGUGCUGCCGAUUACAUCAAUGAGUUCCGGGGUCUGAUACCCACCUUAGGCUGGCCAGAUGAAGUCCUGCAGGCCCACCUCUGCCAGGGGCUCAAUGAAGAGAUCAGGCAUUAUCUGUUCCGGAUCCCUCAGCCGAAUUCCCUGGACAACCUGAUUGUGCUUGUCCUGCAACUUGAAGAUAAGCUGGCAGAGAGAAGGGCAUUACUCAGGCUGCCCCCUGAGUCCCGCCCAAGAAGCAUAGCCUGGAUGGAUAGACCAACCCCAGAGAAGUGGAGGGUGAGCGGCUGGCCACCCCACGAGUUCCACCCAGAACUCAAUCGAGAUCACAUCUUCGUGCUGCUCUUGGUGAGAGUGAACCCCUACCACAGUGUCGCAGUGCGGGCCCUGGUGGACUCCGGAGCAGAAGGGAACUACAUGGAUGAGAGGUUUGCCCAGGAACACUAUGUGGAACUCUAUGAGAAACCUUAUCCACAGAGAAUUCGUGGCGUGGAUGGCAACCUGAUCAGCAACCAAUCUGUCUGGCUGUGCACCGAGCCCCUGGUAUGUGUCCAACAGAAGCACUAUGAGUACAUUGAAUUUGACAUCUUACCUGAACUCAGCUUCUCCAUCAUCCUAGGCAGGAAGUGGCUCCGAACGCAUGCCCCUGAAGUUGACUGGUUCAGCGGUCGCUGUACCUUCCACUCGCCCUACUGUCUGCGGAAUUGCUUCACCCCACCUCCGCCACCCAUCGCGCUAGAGCACUACAGCAUUAGCCUGCUACCCGGAUUGCCACACACAUACUCAGACCUGGCCGACGUGUUUAACCCGAGGGAGGUAGAUGAUGAGACUUCCGACCAGCCAAGCUCAGACGGAUCCGAUGAUCUUUCUGAAUCAGAGCCCUCUGAGCUUCAGCAGGCUGGAGACAGUGAUCAAAACGACGUCCUUGAAGAGGAUAGGGCCAGAGAGACUGUGGAACCUGUGAGUGCCAGGAUGCAAGACAAAGCGAGGGAGCAAGAAGAGUACUGGAUACUGUGUGACAUGCUGAACGACAGACAAGACAACGCACAGAUGAUACCAGAGCUGUUUGACCAGUUACAUGGAGCUGCAUGGUUCACAAAACUGGAGGUGCUUGGGAUUCAGGAAGGUGAAAUGAAGAACAGCGUCACACACACGGAGGACACGUGGAAAGCAUCCUUUGGAUUCGGGAUCCACGAGAUGAGACGCUACCGGCCCUACACAAUAAGCUCAUACUCUGACGAAGGUGACAACAUCGUAAACCUUAUCCUAAAAGACUUCCUAGGUUACUUUGCAAUUUGCCAUGGCAGAGAGGUCCUAGUCUACUCAAUGAGCCAGGAGGAGCACCCCCAACAUGUCCGCCAAGUCCUGGUCCGCUUCCGGUCUCACAACAUGUACUGCUCACUGGACAGAACUCAGUUCCACCGCCAGACUGCAGAAAUCCUGGGAUUCCACAUAUCCCCCAAAGGGGUGAAACUGAGCAAGAGCCUGAUGAACCACAUCGUGAGGUGCCCUGUCCCUCAGACCAGGCGCUGCCUACAAGGUGUGAUUGAGUUUUUCUAUCCCUACCGCCAAUUCGUGGAGAACUUCAGAGUCAUCAUAGAACCCCUGGUGAGACAGAUGCUUAGUUCAGAGCCCUACUACUGGGGAGAGGAGGAGCAGGAGGCCUUCGAUUCCCUGAAGAGGGCUUUCCGCAACUCACCGGUUCUCUACCAUCCUAAGCCUCAGAACCCAUUCUACUUGGAAACAGGCAUCACUGGGUCAUACCUGCAUGCCUCCCUGGUCCAAACUGACUAUGAAACCGGCAAAACAGCUACCUGCGCUUUCUAUUCAAGACCCCUAUCCCAAAGGGAGGAGGAGUACCCUCCAGUGGAGAUGAGAAUCCUUCCGAUCCGGGCUUCCUUCAUGGUGUGGUGUCGCUACCUGGAGAACACCGAGGAGCCCAUCAUGAUUCUUCUCAACACGGAGGAUCUAGCCUCGCUGAAUAAUGACAGGCUCACCGUACUUCUCCCCGGGCAUUGGCUCUUCUUCUUCUCGCACUUCAACUUUAGUGUUACGGAGGCACCAGAUCCAGGUGACCCCCAAGCACUGUUCCGCAGAUGUUGGAACCAGAGAGGAUUCAGAGCAAGGUUUCUAGGGCCAUUGCUGCUUUCGUCCAUUAGGGCAAGGCAAAGGAAUGAGGAGGAGGAGGAGGGGGAGGAGGAGGAGGAGGAGGAGGAGGAGGCAAACAUGGCGCAGGAACUACUGGGUGCCAUCCCAAUGGACCACAUCCUCAAUGGCUACCUGGCCCACUUCAGUGUGGUCCAGAUCCGGACCAUUGUCCUAAACUUCUUCCGUGGCCUGCUCUACUGGAAGACUAUUGUGGGUGUGGCAGCCCUCCUGGUGAUGUUGAGAGCAAGGCGGCCUGUCUCCCCACUGCCUGCCCCCUCUUUGGAAGUGGCCAGGCCUCAGCCCCGGCACACGCUACGACUCAUCCUGGACUCAACUCUCAUUGCGAGCAGUGGCAUGGCCACCGCCAUUGCUCAGCUGCUGAGCCAGAUGCCCCCUCUAGUGGGUGCCAACACCCUCCCAGCUCGAGAGCUGGCUGAACUGUUCCUGGGCCCGAGGUGCUGGCACCGGAAUGCUCUGCAUUCCCACCCUCCACGGGGGAUGAGAUUCACCCCUGGGUUCUGGUUGACCCUGUGUGAGUUCUUUGGGGUCAGAGUCAAUCCUGAGGAUGACGUCUUCCCAGACCCACACCAGCACCGGUACUUGGAACUGCACGUCGUUGGGGAUGAAGAUGUCGUCUUGCGAGAAGCCCUGCAAGACGACCUGCAACGUUACCGUCAGAGUGGCCUGCAUGACGGCCUGCAAGACACCUCGCAGGACGCGCAGGACAACGACGUGCAAGAGGACCUACUUGACGACCGAGAAGCGGUCACCUUCCGCCCACGAAAUCUGUUGGACCCAGAGGUCCUAGAUUUUCUCAACAACCGGCUACUCUACACCCUGGGAGCCGAUGGACGCCUUACUCUGCUUAGCAGAGAUCAGGUGGCCCGGGCUCUCACACGUUUCCUGACUUUGGCCUCCAGGAUGGCACUGCCUUCCCCAGCCAGGGAACAGGCAAGGCUAGAAGAGUUAUCUGACUCAGAUGACGAACUUGACUGA